AUGGCGGCCAUGAAGAUCUACGGCGUGGGCACCUCUGUCCUGGCGUGCCGGGUGGUGGCCGCGUGGGCUGGGGCUGAGGUGGAGGUCGUCCCGUUCACCGACGGCGUGACCAAUCGCACCCCCGAGUUCCUCGCGAAGAGUCCUCUGGGCAAGGUGCCGUUGCUCGAAACCAAGGAUGGUUGCAUUUUCGAGACAGGGGCUAUCUGCCGCUACCUCGCGCUCACCGGCCCGAAGGGCGCGUCUCUGUAUCCGGCCAGUGAGGGCCCCGGCGACAUCGCGAGGUGCAAGGUGGACGGUUGGCUCGACUGGAGCGCCACUCUCUCCGAGAUCACCGCCGCGCUCGUGUACCCGAUCCUCGGGGUGCGCCCGUACGACGCCGGCCUCACCAAGGAAGCCGAGAAGAAGCUCGACGAGACCCUCACGGCCCUGGAGGCGCACCUGUCGGCCUCUCCGUUCCUCGCCGGCCCGGCCGCGUCCCUCGCCGACGUGGUGGCCGCCGUCAAGAUGCUCCUCCUGUUCGUGACCGUGAUGGACAAGGCCGAGCGCGACAAGCGCCCGAAGGUCACCGCCUGGCUCGCGAACCUCCUCGCGGCCCCGGCCACGCAGUCCGUCCUCGGCGCGCCCGUCGCCGGCGCCGCCCGCCGCUACGCCUACACGCCCAGCUCCCCGACGCCGUGGGGCGACGGCCCCUCGCCCGCCGAGGCGCUCGUGCCGUGCCUGACCCAGGAGUGGACGAUGCACCGCGUCCGCCAGACGUUCAUCGACUUCAUGUCGACCAAGGCUCACACGCCGUGGCCGUCGAGCGCGGUGGUGCCGCACAACGACCCGACGCUGCUCUUCACGAACGCCGGGAUGAACCAGUACAAGGCGAUCUUCCUCGGGCAGGCGGACCCCGCGACGGAGCUCGCGAAGCUCAAGCGCGCGGCCAACUCGCAGAAGUGCAUUCGCGCCGGCGGCAAGCACAACGACCUGGACGACGUGGGCAAGGACAACUACCACCACACCUUCUUCGAGAUGCUCGGGAACUGGUCGUUCGGGGACUUCUUCAAGGAGGGCGCCAUCGACUUCGCGUGGGAGCUCCUGACGUCGGUCUUCCACCUCCCCCCCGACCGCAUCUACGCCACCUACUUCGGCGGCGACGCGGCGCUCGGGCUGCCGCCGGACGAGGAGGCGCGCAAGCUCUGGCUGCGCUUCCUCCCCGAGCAGCGCGUCAUCGCGGGCUCCGUCAAGGACAACUUCUGGGAGAUGGGCGACCAGGGGCCGUGCGGGCCCGCCUCGGAGCUGCACUUCGACCGCAUCGGCGGGCGCAGCGUGCCGGAGCUGGUCAACCAGGACGACCCCAACGUGCUCGAGAUCUGGAACCUCGUCUUCAUCCAGUUCAACCGCGAGGCCGACGGCUCGCUGCGGCCGCUCCCCGCCAAGCACGUCGACACGGGCAUGGGCCUCGAGCGCCUGGUGUCCGUCCUGCAGGACAAGAAGUCCAACUACGCGACGGACGUCUUCUCGCCGCUCUUCGCCGCGAUCCAGGCGGUCACGGGCUUCGCGAAGCCCUACGGCGACACCGUCGGGAAGGACGACCCCGAGGGCGUGGACAUGGCCUACCGCGUGGUGGCCGACCACAUCCGGACGCUGUCCUUCGCGAUCGCGGACGGCGCGCGGCCGGGCCCCGAGGGCCGCGACUACGUCCUGCGGCGCAUCCUGCGCCGCGCGGUGCGCUACGGGCGCGAGCGGCUCAACGCGCCUCAGGGCUUCUUCUCGCAGCUGGUCGGGCCGCUGGUCGACCACAUGGGCUCGGCGUACCCCGAGCUGGUGGCCGCGCGGCAGACGAUCUUCGACAUCAUCUCCGAGGAGGAGGUGUCGUUCUCGCGGACCCUCAACAAGGGCAUCGAGCAGUUCAAGAAGUUCGCCGAGGCGGUGCCGGCGGGCGGGAUGGUCUCCGGCCCGGACGCGUUCCUCCUCUGGGACACGUACGGGUUCCCCGUGGACCUGACCGAGCUGAUGGCGGAGGAGCGCGGCCUGCGCGUCGACAUGGACGGGUUCGCGGUGGCGAUGAAGGAGGCCAAGGAGCGGUCGCGCGCGGCGCGGAAGACGGGCGGGGGGCCGCAGCUGAAGUUCGAGGCCGAGGCGACGGGGGCGCUGAAGGAGAUGAACGCGCCGCUGACGAACGACGCGCCCAAGUACGACUGGGCGCCAACUCAGGGCAAGGUGGUGGCGAUCCUGACGCUGGAGGGGUACCGAGACACCACCGAGGGCGUCGACGGGCCGGUCGGGCUGGUCCUCGACGCGACGGCGUUCUACGCGGAGUCCGGCGGGCAGGUCGCGGACACGGGGCGCAUCACCACGGCCGCCGGCGCCACGCUCGAGGUCACCGACUGCCAGGUCGCCGCCGGGUACGUCCUGCACAAGGGCGACGUCGCCGGGGACGUGGCCAUCCGCGUCGGCGACAGCGUGACCGCGGAGCCGGACCUGGAGCGCCGGAAGGACAUUGCGCCCAACCACACCUUCACGCACGUGCUCAACUACGCGCUGCGGAAGGUCGUCGGCGACGGCGUGGACCAGAAGGGCUCGAUCGUGCAGCCCGAGCGCCUGCGGUUCGACUUCUCGCACGGCAAGCCCGUCUCGCCCGAGCAGCUGGCCGAGGUGGAGCAGAUCUGCCGGGACGCGCUGGCGGCGGCGCUGCCCGUGCACAACCGCGAGCUGCCGCUGGCGACCGCGCAGAGCAUCAACGGCCUGCGCGCGAUCUUCGGCGAGGCCUACCCGGACCCCGUCCGCGUGGUGUCGGUCGGGCGCGCCAUCGACGACCUGGUGGCGGACCCCGCCGCGGAGGGCCACGCGGGGUACUCGAUCGAGUUCUGCGGCGGGACGCACCUGAAGAACACGAGCGAGGCCGAGGCGUUCUGCCUGAUCAGCGAGGAGGGCAUCGCCAAGGGCGUGCGGCGCGUCAUCGCGGUGACGCGCGGGGAGGCGAAGAAGGCCGUCGCGGAGGGCGAGCGGCUGCUCGCGGCGCUCGAGGAGGCCAAGAAGCUCGAGGGGCAGGCGCUGAGCGACAAGCUCAGCGCGCUGCGGCAGGACGUGGACGGCGCCGUCAUGAGCGCGGGCCUCAAGGGCCACAUCCGCGAGGAGAUGUCCAAGCUGACCAAGAUCGUGAUGGAGGCCGCCAAGGCCGCGGCCGCGGCCGCGAAGAAGGAGGCGUCGGCGAACGCGGUCAAGGCCGCGGACGCCGCGGCGGCGGCGGGGCAGCCGUUCGUGGCGAUGCGGAUGGACGGGAUUGACGGCAAGACGCUCGGCGAGGCGUUCGUCGCGAUCACGAAGGCGCACGCGGACAUGUGCGCGCUGUUCGUGUCCGCGGACGCCGACAAGGGCAAGGUGCUGGCGCUCGCGGGCGUGCCGGAGUCGGUGCAGGCGAAGCUGAAGGCCAACGACUGGGUCAAGUGGGUGCUGGAGGUGCUGGGGGGCAAGGGCGGGGGCAAGCCGGGGCUCGCGCAGGGCACGGGGCCCAACAUGGACAAGGCGGACGAGGCGCUCGAGGCCGGGAAGAAGCUCGCCGGGGAGGCGCUCGCGUGA